AGCCAUUUUGGUCUGUAACAUGGCGUCGCCGCCGGAGAUUAAUAUGGCGUCCUCGGACAUAAUAACCGAAGUGGAGAUUCAACCGGAUAUCCAGGAGGUCGAGAUAGAGACGAUACCAGUAGAGAUACCGUGCGAGACCGUGGAGACGACGAUCGAGGGCGAGGACGGGCAGCCGAUGAUAGCGCUGCAGCCGCUGCCGGAGCCAGGCCGCGAGGAAAUCAUACUGCAAACGCAAGAGGAGAUCGUCGGCGCGGACCCGCUCAGCGUGUACGACCAGAUCCCGGUGCCGGAGAACGACAUUUAUGUCGAGUCCAGCCCCGGGCCGUCGCGCAAAGCCGCUAAGAAGGCGCGCAAGAGCGGCGGCACGCGCUUCCGCGCGUCCGACCACGCGAUUUUCGGCGAGAUGGCCACCGAGACCAAGGCUAGGAAGUGGGAACAGAAGCAGGUGCAGAUCAAGACGCUCGAGGGCGAGUUCUCGGUAACGAUGUGGGCGUCCGGCACAGACGAUGGUAGUGUCCUAUUAGCGCCUGACCCGGAUGUGGAUGUUCCAGAUGAGGGCUCGAAUCCGGAGCCAGAUCCUGACUACACGGAAUACAUGACGGGGAAAACAAACACCAAAUUCAACUCGAACAGUUCCGUAUCGGAUGGCAUGCCCGGCUUAGAUCUUUCCGAUCCGAAACAGCUGGCGGAAUUCGCGCGACCCGGCCAUAAGCUGAAGGUACGCAAACCGCCGGUGAUGGACGGCGUGGAGCGUACGAUCGCGUGCCCGCACAAGGGCUGCACCAAGAUGUUCCGGGACAACAGCGCGAUGCGCAAGCAUCUGCACACGCAUGGGCCACGCGUGCAUGUGUGCGCGGAGUGCGGCAAGGCUUUCGUUGAAAGCUCCAAGCUCAAGCGGCACCAACUGGUACACACCGGCGAGAAACCGUUUCAGUGCACGUUCGAGGGUUGCGGCAAAAGGUUUAGUCUCGACUUCAAUCUACGUACCCACGUGAGAAUUCACACCGGUGAUCGGCCUUACGUGUGCCCGUUCGACGGAUGCAGCAAAAAGUUCGCGCAGUCUACGAACCUGAAGUCGCACAUCCUGACGCACGCGAAGGCAAAGUCACGAAACGCCAUUGGGAGACAAGUACAACAAAUCCAACUUCAACAGCCUCAGUUUGUCCAAGUUGAAGUUGCAGAUGUAGACAAUCAACAGUUCAUUGUCUACGCCGAUUAGCCCCCCUAAACAUGGAUCUCGUAUAUCCCGGCUAACUGAACCCUAUUACUGAAGUAUCGUAAUCAUUAAUUAUUAAUCUUAAACAGUGUAAAUAUUUUCACGGCGCGUACAAGCGACAAUGUCAACAAAGUGGCACAGUGGCGGUUAUUAGUUGUCUUAAGAGAAUUAAUUAACCGAGAGAAAAAAAAAACACGUUAUAAUUGAGAAUGAUACCUCUGUGCUUAGAUACGAAUUAAUCGACGAGUAAGCUGGAGCACUAUUAUUAUCACGAGGAAAAAAUGCAAGCGGGCAAAUAAAGUUAAGUUACAUUAAUUAAUUAAAAAAAAGUAAAAAAAAAGGAAAUAUAGUGUACCUUCCGAGUAACGCAACUAGAGUGUGUCGAGCACUGCUCAAGGAACAAGUCAAGUGGAGUGCGCUCGCACAGCACACGCAUAUACAUACAUAUAUAUAUAACACAAAUAUAUAUACACACACACACAUACACACGUACUCACGGACACACACUCGACUGUACAUAUACAUAAGUACAAUUAAAAUAAUGUAUACAGUAUAUUUUGGAGAAAAUUCAGAUGAGAAUAAACCACGAAGAUGCAUCUUUUUCCGUCGGACUUAUACUGUACCAUCUUAUAUAGUAAUACUUACGACUUUUACACUUGUAUAAUGCUGAGACUUGUUAUUGAUAGUUAUUAAAAAUGAAAGAAGAGAAAAAAAAU